AGCUCAAACCGUAAACUAUAACACACAAUUAACCGCACCGAAACCUCCAACGCUCUUCCUUCCCACCACCGACAGGUGUCCCCCUCUGCCUCUGUUUGCAUUAUACCAACAUUAAAUUAUGAUUAUGUCGAAUCUCUCCAAACCCACCUCACCAAAUUUAACUUCACUCUUCCCAUGAAACCGAAUCCCACCCAAUUUCAUGUUUCUUGAAAUCAUCGGUUUUUUUUUUUUUUUUUUUUUCUAAUCAAAAUCAUCGGUUUUUUUUUUUUCUGGACCAUGGAUUGCUGCUCUGAAGCAAUUCCCGACACGGCGGCGAAAGCUUACAAGCUUCUUUUCCGGUCGGCUUUUGCGAUACCCUUAUCGCAUUACUUGGUGGCGGUGUGUUUCUUACUGAUUGUUUUACUGUACAAUUUCUUGGAGUUCCAUUUUGUUAAGGAUCUUUUAACCGGGUUUCGCGGUGGAUCCAUUUAUCUGACAUACAAUCCCAGCUCCGAGAUUUAUCAUGGAGUUGUCUCCAAGUGUCGAACACUCCACGGAAGGUAUUUGGUGACGCCGUGGUUGUCGAGUCCACAUAUCCAAACUUCUUUUCUGAACUUCUUCGGGAGGCCUCCACUGUUUACCUAUAGAAGACAGAUGUUUCACUCAUCCGAUGGUGGCAUGUUUGCUCUGGAUUGGCUAAUGCACUCUGAUGUUUCUGGAGCAGAUAUUCAAAAUAAUCAUACGAUUGCUAAGGAUGAUACGACUCCUAUUGUGAUUAUGAUUCCAGGCCUAACCAGUGAUUCGGCUUCUCCUUAUUUGAAACAUCUCGUCUUUAACACGGCAAAAAGUGGAUGGAAUGUGGUUGUCAGUAAUCACCGAGGAUUGGGCGGUGUCUCAGUUACUUCUGAUUGCUUUUAUAAUGCUGGGUGGACCGAAGAUGUACGAGAAGUUAUUAACUAUCUACAUCAAGAAUACUCUCAAGCUCCGUUGUUUGUUGUCGGAACGAGCAUCGGUGCAAACAUUUUGGUAAAAUAUCUCGGAGAGGAUGGAGAAAAUGUUCCAAUUGCAGGUGCUGCAGCAGUUUGUUCGCCUUGGGAUCUCUUGAUUGGUUCGAGGUUUAUAUCUCGAAGGCUUAUCCAAACGUUUUACGACAGAGCUCUUACGAUUGGUCUUCAAGGUUAUGCACAGCUACACGAAACCCGUUAUUCUCGUCUUGCUAAUUGGGAUGGUAUUAAAAAGUCACGUUCUAUUCGGGAUUUUGAUACACAUGCCACCUGUCUUGUUGGGAAUUACGAGACUGUGGAUACGUACUAUAGGCGGUGUAGCAGUUCUUCGUUUAUCGGAAAAGUGAAGAUACCGCUUCUCUGCAUUAGUGCGUUGGAUGAUCCAGUGUGCACCAGAGAAGCUAUUCCUUGGGAUGAAUGCCGAGCAAAUAAAAACGUAGUCCUUGUUACAACACAACACGGUGGACACCUGGCAUUCUUUGAAGGCAUAUCUGGAUCUCGCCUCUGGUGGGUGGGAGCAGUUAAUGAAUACCUUGGAGCUCUACUUUCGAGUUCGUUGAUGCAUACACAGAAGAAGGCGGAAAAUAUUGGGCCUAAUUCGUCACCGCUGCAAUCUUCGAUCGAUCAAGGGCCUUAUCUUAAUGUAGCUGAUGGAAUGGUGGCUCCGAUGGGAAACGAGGUUUCUGAAGAAAAUAAAGAUCAGGCUAAUCAAGCAGUUUCAGUUACAGACAACCAUGUUUUUAGCAGUGGGCGAAAACCCGAUUUUGCCCCUGAUGCUGAAAAUAGUGGUGGUUCGAGUAUUGUUGAAAAGUGCAUGCGUCAGCUCUCGAGACAAACUAACAAGUCAAUAUGGCUUCUUGCUUAUAUAGCCGUUAUUUCGAGCUGGCCAAUAGUCGGUGCGGCGCUCGGUUUUCUCUUCAAAAGGAAGUUUAAAAAAGCACCAAAAUAAUUAGUGAUAGUAGUUUAUUAUCAUCAACAAGUAUAAUAACUUGUAAUUUUCCUCUAGAAGCCAUCGAUGGGUUAAUUUUGUAAGAUGUCGAGAAAUGUUUCCAUGGCAAAAGCUCACUAAUCUCGAUUCAGUUUCUUGAGCGAAACCGGAUUCGUAGUAGUC